AUGGCGUCGGAUUUUGCGGAUCCGUCAACAUUUUUAGCAGAUACUGUGCCCAUUGGGGGAGCGUCAGUGGUGCCGCAUGGUUUCAAUUCACAAGGCCGAGGCGUGUCUGAUGCAGUGGAUAACUCAUCUGAUUUUUAUCUUACCGUGGAAAUAUCCGACGCCCUUAGCAAUAAGGGCUUUGUUUCCUUCACAGUUCGUACGAAGACAAAUUUGCCCGAAUUUAAGCAGCAGAAGAUGCAGGUGAAUCGCAUUCACGACGACUUUAUUUGGCUUCAUGACCAGCUGGAGGAUAAUGAGGCGUUUGCGGGUUUCAUUGUACCACCAGCUCCCCCGCGACCUGAUUUCGACUCUUCAAGAGCGAAACUCCAACGUCUUGGCAAAAGUGAGGGGACCGUGACGAAACAGGAUAUGCAGAAGCUGAAAGCGGAGCUUGAGGCUGAGUAUCUUGCCAAUUUCAAAAAAACCGUUGCAAUGCAUCAAGUCUUUCUUCAACGAAUAGCAAACCACCCUGUUCUGCGGAACGACUAUGGUUUUCGAGUUUUUUUGGAAUACGAGCAAGAACUCAGCGUGCGCACCAAAAAUGCCAAGGAAAAAGCUGCAGGCUUUCUCAAGUCAGUUACGAAGACGGCGGACGAAAACUUGUUGUUGCCCAAUCAGCGAGAGGAUGAUCCAUUUUUCAGAGAGGAGAAGUCCUAUCUUGUUCGUUACUACAAUGCUGUGCAUGAGGCUCACCAGUCGACCGAUGCAGUCUGUCGAAACCGCCGUCUUUUGGGUGAUAGCAUCCUCCGUCUGGAACUUCUGCUGCAGGAUCUUGCUACUACUCCACCCAUCAACCUCAAGGCUGUUGAGGCUAUGCUUACAUCGAAAUUAUGUAAUUUCUUCAGUUCGCUCUAUCCGCUGCAGAUGCGCGUGACAGCUGAUGAGGAUUUGAAGUUGGUCGACACUCUGGCCUACUACAGUGCAGAGUCGGCAGCGGCAAAGGAUCUGCUUUAUCGACGGAGUCGGGCACUAGCAGACUACGCAUCGGCAAAUCGGGCAUUGGACCGUGCGCGAGCUAAACAGCGCGACAUCGGUGCCGCAGACACACAGCAGGUCGCCGCGCACAAACGCUUCACUGAAAUCUCGCAAAUGGCACGUCGUGGUAAGUUGUCUAAUUUCAGUUCACUUGUCAUCUCCUUA